UUCCUGACCUAGUAGCACACGCUGCAAGCUGCAGAGGUUCUUGUUGCUAGUGUCUACUUGCCGUCCUUGCCGCCAGCCGUGUUGACCCAUCUUGCAUUGGAAGUCCGAACAGACUUCCAGUUUUGCUCUUAGCUCGUUUCCAGCCGCGUCCCAACGAUUUAAUCAGUACCAGUUUAAAAAACGGCUGUGUGCUAUUUCCUCGCACCUUUUGUCCACCUGAAUACAUUAUUGUUGCAUAGCAGUUGACCUGCAAGUUAUCUAUUUAUGGGUUGCGUUUCGUCGCGAGAUGCUUCGCCUAAGCCGGCGGGUCUGGACAAGAGCAAACUGUCGCAGCAGAAAGAGACCACCAGCUCGGCGUCGGUCGCGCCACAGCAGCCUGCACCGUCCGCUCAACCACCCAAAGGCGAACCACCCAACGGAGGACCACCCAACGGCGGACCACCCAAAGUCGGGCCACCGUCAGGACCCGCGUCGGGCGAAAUAGGAGCGUCAGGAGAAACGGUAUCAUCAGGAGGAUCAUCGGGAACUCCGGGGGUAUCUGCAGUCUCGGGAGUAUCCGGAACCUCGGGAGUAUCCGGAACCUUGGGAGUAUCAGGAACCUCGGGAUCAUCGUUUCCCGCUCCUGGAAGCUCCGGCCUUCUCACCAGCUCGCCCGACCCGGGGUCGUCCACAGGCAGCACCAGACGCAACGGAUUGGGCGCAUCCGGCCGUUCGAUGGAGCCGCCUGCAGAUAUGACGAUCCCACGGCUGACAGAAGACGAGAUCAAAUGCGUGACCCGCAACUUCUCAACCGUGCUGGGGGAGGGGGGCUUCGGAAAGGUGUACAAGGGAGAGAUGCGGCCGUGCGGGGCUGCCCCUGGCAGCAGCUGCAGAUGCUCUCGGGAGUUGAGUGAGAGUGGGGGAGGGGAUGGGGAGAGAAGCGGUGAACACGGGAGCGACGGUGGUGAGAGUGAGGGAGGAGGAGGGGGGGUGGGGCCUGGGGAGAAUGGGACGGCUAGGAGGGAUGCUGGAGGGUGCAAGCCGGUGCCAGUUGCAGUGAAGGUUCUCGCGCCACACAGCUUCCAGGGCGAUUAUGAGUUCCUUACUGAGCUGGUGACGUUUGACGCGGUGAGGCACGCCAACAUAGUGGAGCUGCGGGCGUACGCCACUCACCCCUGCAAGGCGCUCGUGUACGAGUACAUGCCCAACGGGGACGUGCACACGCUGCUCGCCAACUGCAGGAAGGGGCUGACGACGUUCCCAUGGGCGGUGAGGCUGAAGGUGGCGCAUGAGGUGGCGCAGGCAGUGGCGUUCAUGCACUCGCUCAGAUACAUCCACCGAGACCUCAAGGCCAGCAACGUGCUUUUGACUCAGGACUUCACAGCCAAGGUGGCGGACUUUGGUCUGGCCAAGGGCAUAGCUGACUGGCGCUCGCAUGUCACCACGAGAGUCGUUGGAUCGUUUGGCUACAUGGACCCCAUGUACUUCCUCUCAGGCCACGUGCACGCCAAGAGUGACGUGUACGCGUUUGGGGUGUUCCUAGUGGAGCUGCUCACCGGCAAGUCGGUGCUGCAGGACAGCAUCCACGAGCACCUCAUCCCCGCGCUGUUGGCCCAGGACCACCCCGAUCUCUCAGCCCUCGUGGACCCCGCCAUCGCGUCGCAGUGCCGCCGUAAGGACGCCCUCGCCAUAGCCUACAUCGCCAAGUACGCGCUCAUCAAGGAGUGGGAUGCGCGGCCCAGCAUGGAGAACGUCGCGCAGAAGAUUGGGAAUGUCGUCAAGUGGCAGCGGUCGAGGGCGGAGGCAGCGGCGGCGGAGGCGGGGGCAGUCGGGGCAGGGGCAGCCAGGGAAGCGGCAGCUGGAGCAGGGGCAGCCGGGGAAGGGGCAGCUGGAGCAGGGGAAGGGGCGGCUGGGGAAGGGGGGGCUGGGAUAGGGGAUAAGAGGAUGGUUGGAUCCGAACAGGUGGCGACUGGGGGAGGUGGUCUCGAGACAGAUGGUGCGAGUAAUGAUGGUCCCACGACAGAUGGUCCAGUUACAGAUGGUGGCGAUACAGAUGCUGCUGCUGAGGCUUCUGCUGCUGCUGCUUGAAGUGCUGCUGCUGCUACUGUUGCUGCUGCUUUGUUGAAGUGAAGAGCUUGUGUACAUUGAGUGGUUUUGUGAGUUGAAAGGCUACUACCGUGGUUCAAUGCUGUGCAUAUGACUGACUGCCCAUAGCGUUACUCAAAGCUCUUGCAGAAUUAUCGGAGCUUGAAUGCGAUGGAUGGACCGGAUGGAACGUGCUGUCUGCCUGUGGAUGGCAGUCUGUCUGAUCGUACUGUGCAUGGCG